AUGGGUAAGGAGGAAGAGGAGAGAGUUCAGGAAGGAGAGGGAGAGGAGAAAGAGGAGGACGAGGAGGACGAGGAGGAUGGGUUUGUGUCCAGACAUGCUCGCGCGGUGAGGGCAAAGAAACCCGACAAGCUUUACUCGGAUGCUGUGAGCGAGAAAUUGAAGAGUCUAGAGGAAGGAGCAGAGCUGGAAGACUACGAGUGGAAGCAGGUGAUGGCGCCUCAGUCAGUCGGAUUUCGCAUCCAAAAGAUGCAGGACGCGUUUUCAAACUUGAAAGGGCACGUGAUGGAAGCGAACAGAAACCCGCGAGGGAAGCUUUACAAUCAAGUCAGGCGCAUGAUAGCUUUGACCUCUGCUGUAAAGGAGAUGCAGAGUGCUUCUUCGGACAUUCAAAAAGCUUUCAGAGGGUUUCAAGCACGGAAGAAUGUGAAGCUCGACUUGGGUAAGAGAAGAGGCUCGCAGAUGAACUACAUCCCAGCGCUACAACCUACACUCGCUGAGCUCAUCGAGAAUAAAUUCAAUCCGCGCGAGCAGGAGAUGAUCCAUCGACUUCUGGCUGAACUUGCAUUGGAGAAGCAGGAGAAAGAAAAACAGGCGAGCGAGGGCAGCGUAGCAAAGAAAGAAGCGGCAGACGACGGCAAGAAGCCAGCAGGAACAACAUGA